GAGCUUAAGAAGGGCACGCAGCAGAUCAGCAUCGAGGGCCUCGUGAACAUCAGGGUGGCGAACAACCGGGCCCGCUGCAAGGACAAGCUGCCCGUGUCCAAGGUCGUUGUGGACCCCGACAAUGUGCUGGUGGCGGCCAACCCCUACCCCAUCAAGACGGCGACGGGUCGCACCGCCAUCCCCAUGCCCGACA